AUGGCUAAUCAACGUCUUACUACAGGAGCACUUUUGCGAUACAUACGUGGUAGUACUACGGAAAAAGCAAUAUUACAAGUUGUCGGUAUUAAAUCGAUUGAAAGUAAAACAGAUGAUCCAUCCAAUGCUUCGAAACGUUAUCGCUUAAUGUUGUCCGAUGGCAAGAGCACAUUUUCGUCAUGUAUGCUUGGUACUCAAAUGAAUAAAUUAAUCGAAACGGAGUCAUUGAAGGAAAAUUCAAUUGUUCGCAUUGAUCGCGUUAUGGUGAACUCGAUCGAUAAACAAAAUGGACGAGUAAUGCUGAUGCUUUAUGAACUUGAAGUCUUACAAAGUGAUUCGGAACGAAUUGGUGAUCCAGUUGCAUUGCCGUUAACCGAUAUCAUUAACAAUAAUGGUGCUAGUACAAAUCGUUUGGAGAUGAAUAUUUGUUUAGAAACAACAAACAAUAAUCAAGCGCCGACAGCCGCACCAGCACCAGCUGCAGCACCCUCAACAACGAAUGUUAUCCGACAAGGUUCCAAAGCAUUGCCAACAUUAGAUGAUCGUAAAAAGCCCAAUGGUGAUAAUCGUUUCGCCGGAAAAGGUGGCAAUAGCAUCGACAAGGAACGUAUUAUCAAUAUCGAUACACUUAAUCCAUAUAUGAACAAAUGGACAAUCAAAGCGCGUGUGAGUAAUAAAGGUGCGAUUCGAACGUAUGAGAAUGCACGCGGACCUGGUAAACUAUUCAGUUGUGAUCUUGUUGAUCAAUCGGGCGAGAUUCGUGCUACAGCAUUUAAUGCUGAAUGCGAUAAAUUCCACUCGAUGCUUGAAAUUGGCGAGGUUUAUUACAUAGCAAAAGCAUCGUUAAAAGCAGCUAAUCGGCAAUUCAAUACAACGAAUAAUGACUAUGAAAUGACAUUUAAUCAUGAUACAAUUAUUGAAGCUUGUGAUGCCGGUGAAGGAGAAAAUAUUCCCCAAGUACAAUUUAAUUUUAUUCCAAUUAGUGAAAUUGCCAAUCGUUCAGCAAACAGCACAUGCGAUGUAAUUGGUGUUGUUAAAAGUACAUCGGACAUGCAAACAAUCGUCAGCAGAGCAUCACAAAAAGAAUUUAAUAAACGUGAAAUACUCUUAGUCGAUGAAAAAGCAUCGAUUUCUGUCACAUUGUGGGGACAACAAGCUGAAGAGUUUGAUGGUUCAUCAAACCAAGUGCUCGCUUUCAAAGGAAUCAAAAUCGGUGACUUUAACGGUCGCACUCUAUCAUGUAUGAAUAGUACAUUGAUUCGUCAAGAUCCGACUGAAACACCACGAACCGUUGAACUUCGUGUUUGGUUUGAUAAUGAGGGCAAAUCCAUUGAUCUGCCUGAUUUAUCCAAAGGUGCUGAUGUUGGCAGUCGACAAACACCGAUAAAAACGCUUUCUCAAAUUAUUUCUGAAGGACUUGGCCUCGGUGAUAAGCCCGAUUAUAUAAGUGUUAAAGCAAUGACAACUUUAAUUAAAAAAGACACCGCUGUUUACAUGAUGUGUCCAGAAGAAAGAUGCGGUAAAAAAGUCGUUGAUGAAAACAAUGGAUCUUACCGAUGUGAAAAAUGCAAUAAGACGUACAGUAAUUUCAAAUGGGCUUAUAUGGUUUCCGCUGAAAUUUCUGACUCAACAGGUUCCCAAUGGAUAACUGUUUUUCGUAAUGAAGCUGAAGCACUACUCGGUGUCACAGCAGAUGAAUUCGGCAACCAUAAACUUAAUCAAAGUGAAAGUAUUAUCGAAGAUAUCGUGCGCAAAGCAAUGAAUCAUGAACGAAUCUUUAAACUUCGUGCUAAAGCUGAUCAAUAUAAUGAUGAACGAAGAAUUCGUUUUACUUGUGUAAGUGUUGCCGAUAUCGAUUGGCCUUCUCAUGGACGUCGCUUAAUCGACGAAAUCAAACAAAUGGAACCCACACAAAAUUAA